CCUCGAACCUCCCACGCCGCCCUCAUCCCUUCUCCCCCAGCCAUGCUCGUCAAGUCUGCCGUCGCCGUCCUGGCCCUCGCCAGCGCCGUCGCUGCUGCUCCCCGUGGUGGCAACGUCAACAGCCCCAACACACCUGCCAUCCGCCAGAAGGGUGUCCACUACAAGGAUGGCAUCUUCCCUGCCCCCAAGGUCGAGGAGCUCGCUGCUGCCUCCUCCAGCGGCCUGACCUACUACGGCGGCCCGGUCAUUGCCAACAUUGAUGUGCACCCCAUCUACUACGGCGGCAAUGUCAACUACCAGAGCCAGAUGGACACCUUCUACAGCGCCAUCGUUGGUGCUCCCUACAUCAGCUGGCUCUCCGAGUACAACACCCCCACCCAGAACAUUGGCACCGGUACCUUCGGCACCUCCAUCUCCAAGAACUCUGGCCUCAGCACCUCCACCACCGACGAUGCCAUCCAGACCUGGCUCCGCAGCCUUGUCAAGAGCGGCACCAUCAAGCCCACUGCCAACACCUACUUCCCUAUCCACUUUGCUCCCGGAUACUCCAUCUCCAUGGGUGGCGACUCGUCCUGUGUCCAGUUCUGCGCCUACCACGGCACCAUCGAUGUCUCCGACAUCAGCUCGACCAAGUACCUCUACUACGGUGUCAUGCCUGACCAGGGUGGCUCUUGCGCUGGUGGCUGCGGUAGCAACGCUUCGCCUCUCAACAACCUCCAGUCCGUCUCGUCCCACGAGCUCGUCGAGGCUCUGACCGAUGCUGCUGUCGGUGUCGCCACUGGCAGCACCAUUUCUGCUCCCAUUGCCUGGUACAACUCGGCCAACGGCGAGAUCGGCGAUCUCUGCAACGCCCAGCAGGCCACCGUCUACGGCACUGAUGGCAACACCUAUGUCGUCCAGAAGCAGUGGUCCAACUCCCACAAGGGUUGCUACGCCCCUACUGGUGUCCAGCCCCCCAAGACCUCGGCACCUGCCACCUCCGCCAAGACCACCAAGACCACCACCACUACCACCACCACCCCCGCCAAGUCUACCAAGACGACCAAGACCAAGAAGACCAAGACCAAGAAGGGCAAGAACGGCCAG